AGAAGGAGGAGAAGGAGGUGGGGUUCGGGAAGAGGAGGAGGAGAAGGGAUGGAAGGGGAGGGAUGGAAGGAGGAGAAGGAGGUGGGGAUAAGACAGAGGAGGAGCUGGAUAGGGGAUGGAAGAGGAGGAGCGGGAGGAAGAAGAGGGACAAAGGCGGAUCAGGGCUGAGCAGCCGGAACCACGCGCUCGAGCCCUGCCUGAAUUCUCAGGCCCCACCUGUGGGAUCAUCGCCCCCCCCCAUGGCGCAGAAUUUCCCAUUGCCAACCCCUGGGAGGCUGUGAGGAAGAGGAAGAUGCCCCAGGACACUGAGGCAGAGCAGGAGCUGAGCAUGGAGAGCAGGGAGGACAAAUCCCUGGGGCAGAACCUGGUGGCAGAGGCCGUUUUGAGCAGCUCCACAGCACAGGAACUCAACGGGGAGGAAAAGCCUUGGAGAUCCCGCACGAGGAGGGGCUGCAAACGCAGAUCACAGGGAUCUGAGAGGGAAAGAGCCAGCCUGGGCUGGGAAGGCGGCCGGAGAUGGAGCCAGAGCUCGGAGCUGGUGCUGCAUGAGCAGGUUCAUGGUGGGGAGAAGCCCCACACAUGUGGGGAGUGUGGGAAGAGCUUCAGGUGGAGCUCUAACCUGAUCAAGCACCAGAGGACCCACACUGGGGAACAGCCCUACGAGUGUGAUCAGUGCAGGAAGAGGUUUCAGACCAGCUCCAGUCUCCUCCUGCACCAGCGCGCGCACACAGAGGAGAGGCCCUUCCGCUGCCCCGACUGCGGGCAGGGCUUCAGGCAGAACUCCCAUCUUGUCAUGCACCGACGCAUCCACACUGGGGAGAGGCCCCACGAGUGUGGGGAAUGUGGGAAGAGCUUCAGCCAGAGCUCCAACCUGAUCCAGCACCAGAGGACCCACACAGGGGAGAGGCCCUACGAGUGUGGGGAGUGUGGGAAGGGCUUCAGGCGGCAUUCCUACCUGAUCGUGCACCAAAAGAUCCACACUGGGGAGAGGCCCUAUGAGUGCUCCAAGUGUAGGCAGAGGUUUCAGACCAGCUCCAAUCUCCUCCAGCACUAUUGGACUCACACGGAGGAGAGGCCCUUCCAGUGCCCUGACUGCAGGAAGGGAUUCAAGCACAACUCCACCCUCAUCAGGCACCGGCGCAUCCACACUGGGGAGAGGCCCUACGAGUGUCCCCAGUGUGGGAAGAGCUUCUCACAGAGCUACGACCUGAUCUGCCACCAGAUGAUCCACACUGGGGAACGGCCCUACGAGUGUGGGGAAUGUGGGAAGGGCUUCAGCUGCAGCUCAGAACUCGUCAGGCACCAACGCAUCCACACCGGGGAGAGGCCCUACAAGUGUUCUCAGUGUGGGAAGAGGUUUCACACCAGCUCCAAUCUCCUCCAGCAUGAACGGAUCCACACCGAUGAGAGGCCCUUCCACUGCCCCGACUGCGGGAAGGGCUUCAAGCAAAACUCCCACCUCAUCAGGCACCAGCGCAUCCACGCUGGGGAGAGGCCCUGUGAGUUCCCCACAUGUGGGAAGAGGUUUCAGACUAGCUCCCAUCUCCUCCAGCAUGAGAGGAUCCACACAGAUGAGAGGCCCUUCCUCUGCCCUGAGUGUGGGAUGGGCUUCAAGCACAACUCCACCCUCGUCAUCCACCAGCGCAUCCACACUGGGGAGAGGCCCUACAAGUGUCCCCAGUGUGGGAAGAGCUUCUCACAGAGCUCUGCCUUGACCAGACACCAAAAGAGGCACCGGCUCAGCGUUGUUGAUCGCUGGCACCGAGAAGGUGAAUUUUGGCCUGUCAUUGGGAUGCAAAGGUAUGGUAAAGAAACAGUCCUUCAGAUCCACAAUGAGGACCGGCCAGUCUGCGGGAAGCAUGGUGUCGAGGGAGAGAACCGUAACAUCAGCACCACUGUCAAGAAGCCCACGGAGUCGGAUCUCCGACGCCGCAGUCAGCUUUGCUGCAAAUGUCAUGAACGGCUCAUCAGGCCCCUGGACAAUGGUCGAGAAUGCCUGCCUUGGGGCAAUCAUCUCCAGGGUCUGAACAAUCGCUGCCAUGCCCACCGAGUUGCAUUGAUCGAGCACAAGGUGGUGAAAUCCAGCCUGCCCCUGAGGGUCCUCAUAGGGUCCCUUGCCCAACAGCAUUUCCGGCACAGCUGCACGCCUGGGAUCCUGCUGUCCCAGCUCGGCAUUCUGUGCCACUUGGAGAGUCGCCAAACGAGCCCAUUUGGUUUCAAAAACACCGUACUGCACCGGGUCAAAAAGGGAAUGAGCCACAGCACGGAGAUCGGAAGGCGUCAGCACGUCCCUAGCAACCCUCCGGAGAAUCUGCAUAACUUCGGCAGACCCCACACCAUGCUGAGUAACUGCAUCACGAAGUUCCUUCUCCAACUUAUAAGAUACAGGUUCAUGGGUGCUAUGAGUGACACCCCUGAUCACAGGGAAAGCCUGGAAACCCCCUGGCAAAGCCGCAGCUCCUGCUGCGCCCCGGUCCGUGGGCCGCGCAGGGACAAGAGCAGUUGUCCGACUAGGAACCAGCCGAGAACCAUCCUUCCCUGCACCCCCCGCAGCACCAGCGGAGCCGUAGGGGCCCCCUCCACGACCCCGCAGAUGCCGCAAGGAGGCAGGCUCACACAUCUCAUCGGUCUUAGACUUACAUUCCCACCAGAAACGGCCGGGCUCCUUCGGACGCACGGUCACCUGGCACGGGGGGAGCGUCCACAGGUUCGAUGGGGAGGGGCCACGGCCCCUCAGACCCACCGGCCUCCCACCUUCCAUGCCAGCAGCCGCGCUAAAGGUGAAUACGUCAGCGCCCUGUCGUGCCGCAGCUCCGGCGGGAGCAGCCGCGGCAGACGCCGACGCCGGCACAGCCCGCGGUGCCGGGACGGACCGAAACGAGAUCAGCUCGGGGUCCCUGUCCCCGGCCGGGGGGGCCGGGCGGGGCGCCAAUGGCGGCACGGCCGGCGAAACCCCAUCACUGCGGGGCGGCACCAGGAAACCCGGGAAGCCCCCGAUAAGAGAACAGUCUGGGACGCAAGACGCCACAGCGGGCACUGCCCCCACUGCGCGGAGAGGGGCGGGCCGCCCGGCCCCCAGGGCGGGGUCCGACGGAGCACCGACUGA